AUCAUUUACACUGCCAAACACAUCUUCCUUACUUCUUUACUACACGGAGUCUUCAAACACCGAUCAUUUCUUUUCUUCAAGAUAUGGAUCCGCAAUGGGCUGACCUUCUCCUGAGUCCUAUCAUCAAUACCACAGUUUCCAAGUUGAUUUCCACUGCUGCUGAGCAAAUCAGCCUUGCUGUCGGCUGGAAGAAGGAGCUUGCAUCGCUUCAAAACAAAUUGAUCAUGGUCCAGGCUGUGCUAAAAGAUGCUGAAGAAAGACAGAUCAGCAGCCCUGCUGUGAAGCUCUGGCUUGAGAAGCUCAGGGACGUGGUUUAUGAGGCCGAUGAUGUGCUGGAUGAGGUUUCUUACGAAAGUGUGAAGUGCAAGGUGGAGACUAAAGACCAGAAGAUGAAAAAGGUGCGUAAUUUGCUCACCUCCAAUCCCCUACUAUUUCAUAGAAAGAUUGCGGGGAAGAUUAAGAAUAUUAUUGCAACAGUGGAUGCUAUUAACAAUGAGGCCAGAGGCUUUGGACUCCAAAUUAGAUUUGCUACUGCUAGCGGGGUGGUUUCUGAACAUAGAAGAAACCCACAAACCCAUUCCACCAUUGGUGAUUUAUCGGAGGUUGUAGGGAGAGAGGAUGAUGUCUCCAAAAUAGUGCAACUGUUAAUUGACUCAUCUGAUGAAUCACGCCUUUGUGUUUUGUCAAUAGUGGGUAUGCCGGGUCUCGGCAAAACCACUUUAGCACAAGCUGUGCGUAAUGAUGAGCAAAUCAAAAACUAUUUUGGCAAAAUAAUGUGGGUUUGUGUGUUGGACGAUUUUUAUGUAGAGAGGAUUUUAACAGAAAUGUUGGAGUCUCUUACUGGGAAUGCUGGUGGUGCAGUGAAAAACAAAGAUACUUUGAUUCAAAAAAUAAGAGAAGCCAUGGAGGAGAACAACUUUCUUCUCAUAUUGGAUGGUGUGUGGGAUGAAGAGAGUCAUGGGAAGUUUGAAGACUUGAGAAGCUGUUUGCUUGGGAUAUGUAAAAACUCAAGGAAUAGAGUUAUCGUGACAACUCGAGAUGAAAAGGUUGCAUUGAAAAUGAGAAUGCAUCAUGAACACAUGCACCGUCUUGGGAAACUAUCAGAUGCUGAUUGCUGGUCUAUUAUCAGCAAGAGAGUAUUUGGAGAUGCUUCUGCUUCUAUACCCUCAGAAUUGGAGAAAAUCGGAUUGGAUAUUGCGCAAUUAUGUGGAGGUCUGCCAUUAGUUGCAAGUGUUAUAGGAGGUACAUUGUGCACAGAAAAGCUGGAUAGAAUUGAGUGGUCGUCAUUUAAAAGCAAGAUUGAGGCACUGGGUCCACUAGAACUUGAUAAUGGAAUCAUGCGUGUAAUAGAGUUGAGUUUUGAUCGAUUGUCAAAGCCUGCCUUGAAGCAAUGUUUUGCAUUCUGUUCUGUUUUUCCAAAAGAUUUUUUUAUGGAAAGGGAGAUGUUGAUUCAGCUUUGGAUGGCUAAGGGAUUUCUUCAAUCACCUGAAGAAAGUCCUCUGACAAUGGAGGAUAUUGGUAAUAAGUAUAUUAAUGACUUAUUAUCAUUUUCUUUAUUUCAGGAGGAACGAAGAGAUGCAUUGGAAAGUGUUAAUAUUGGUUGCAAAAUGCAUGAUUUGAUUCAUGAUUUUGCCCAAUUAAUUUCAAAAUCUGAGACAGUGAUUUGGAAGACUCUUUCUAGGAGCAAUAUUUCUAAUGUUCGAAAUUUGAAUCUCAUCUUUAGUGGGGUUACACUGCCAACAACUUUAAGAGAUGUUGCUCCAAAGCUACACUCCUUGUUUUUAAAGGAUGGUGUUUCCAGUGGUAUACAGGGGGAUCUUAAAAGUUUAAGAGUUCUAAGUUUUGUUGAUGCUGUCAAUACUGAAGAAUUGCCACCAUGUUUUGACAACAUAAAGAGUUUGAAAUAUCUAGACAUUUCAAGAACUCGAAUAACAGACCUGCCAAAGUUCAUCACAAAGCUAUACAAUUUACAAACAUUUAAAUUCAUGACUUGCAGAUCUUUAAAAAUGCCACCUGAAGGAAUAGGAAGUUUAAUCAACUUGAGGCAUAUAUAUUUUAGUGAUGAAGAGCAAAUGCCUGCAAACAUUGGGAGACUAACAUCUCUUCAAACAUUGCCAAUGUUCUUUGUAGGUGCAACAAAAGGAUGCAAAAUUGAAGAAUUGGGCAGCUUGAGAGGGCUCAAAGGAAGUUUAAAAAUCUGUAAUCUUGAGCAUGUUGAGGACAGAUUAGAAGCCAUGAGAGCAAAACUACAUGAGAAGACAAUUUUUGAGUUGAGACUAGGUUGGGAGAAAGAUAGCAGUCAGGAUGAAGAUGUUUUGGAAGGCCUCCAACCACACUCAAAUCUGCAAGUACUAGAAAUUUCUGGUUAUGGAGGUAAGAACUUGCCAUCAUGGAUGUUGAAGAAUGUCAUGAAGUAUGAUCUGUUUUUGCUCAAGAACUUGGUGGAGUUGAGAAUUAUAAGGUGCAAGAAGUUAGAAAGUAUUCCAGUAAUGACCGGAUUUUCAUCUCUUCGGAUGCUUCUUAUUUCAAAAUGUUAUGAAUUGAGAACCAUAUCUGAUGGAGCAUUUGCAGCAUCCGUUAAAGAAUUAGUCAUCAACCGUUGUCAUAAGUUGGAAAGUGUUGCAUUAAAUGGAUUAUCAUUGCUUCAGAAACUCAAGAUUCAUUAUUGCUUGCAGUUGAACAGCAUAGGAGAUAGCCUAUCAACGUCCACAUGUCUAAAAGAUUUAUCUUUGUGGCACUGUAACAAUCUGAAGUUUAUUCCAAGUCUAUUUGGCCUUACCUCUCUUCAACUGUUAAGAUUUGAUUCUUGUGGAUUAGAGCAUCUACCGACAGGGCUAUCAUCUUGCAAUGCUCUUACAGAGUUGGAAAUAUGCUAUUGCCGUAGCUUGAUCUCUAUACCAGAAGAAUUGAAGGAAAUACCUUCAUUAGUUGGUUUACAGAUUGAAUCAUGUUCAAAUUUGAGGAACUUCCCAGAAAAUACUCUCAAUUCCCUUACUAGCUUGAAGAGAUUGGGUAUUGGUGAUUUCUCAAAAGAGUUGGAGGAAUUCCCUGUUCUCAGUUCCAUCCACAGCCCCCAAGCCUCCCUUGAAGAGUUAAAGUUGAUUGGAUGGGGAGAACUAACUGAGUUGCCACAUCUAAUUCAAAACCUAAACCUUUCUGCCCUAAAAAGCUUGUCAAUAUCAUAUUUCAACGAAGUGGAGACAUUACCAAAGUGGUUAGGAAACUUAUCCUCUCUUAAAUCACUAUCUAUUUUGGGAUGCCUUCGAUUAAAAUAUCUACCUACUAGGCUGUCGUUCUUCACUACUCUUGAGGAGCUUGUUGUACGCAGAUGUCAUAAUUUGGUCUCUACUAAACUAGAGGAGACCCUCGGCUGUCUUGCUCGCUUGAAGAGAUUAUGGAUUGGUCAUUUCUCAGAAGAGUUGGACGAAUUCCCAAGUCUGAGUUUGAUUCACCACCUCAGCACUUCCCUUGAAAAAUUGGAAUUAUAUGGUUGGGAAAAGCUAACUCAGUUGCCACAUCAAAUUCAACACCUCAUAACUCUAAGGGAGUUGUAUAUACAUGAUUUCCAUGGAGUUGAAGCUUUGCCAGAGUGGUUGGGAAACUUGUCAUCUCUUCAAGACCUGCACAUCGAUCACUGCAAGAAUCUGAAACACCUCCCUUCUGUAGAAGCCAUUCGAUGCCUCUCCAAAUUGAAAUACCUUGACAUUUGGGUUUGCCCAGAAUUACAAAAACGAUGUGGCAAGGAAAGUGGUUCCGAGUGGUACAAGAUUUCUCACAUUCCAACCAUCAGAAUAAAAACUGGAGACUACAUAUAAUGAUAAGAUUCAGGUUUCCGACAGGCAAACGCUGAAGAAUAAGUAAUCCGUUGAUUGGAAGGAGGAUUUAUAGAAUUGAGAAAUGAACUCCAACAACAAGAACCUAUUAGCUUCAAGGUUUAGAUCCUCAUUUAGGCAAUGGACGAGGAAUAGUAGAAAAGUAGCUUCACCCAGGGAAACUCAUUCUGGGUGUUCUUGGAUGUGCUCAAUUAAUCAAUAGGAAAGAUACCUUGUAUCUCUCUUGCAUUGAUUGAAGGAAAAUUAUUGCAGUGAGGAUGCGAGGAGCAAACCCACAGUGGAUAUUCGUAACAUUGUCUUGGAAGGCAUCUAAUUGAAUGUAAUCUUAACUUGCUUCAUGCAUCAAGGGAACGCCAUAGAAGGGUUACUGCAGCAAGAGGCAAUAUAAAUGGGUUCUCUUUGGGGUGUUCUUAAGGUAUUUGAUCAUUCAAAGACACUGUACAUUUGAAUUAUGUUUCCUAAAUGAAAGGUAUUUUUUUAAUGAAAAAGUGUUUUACUG